GUCUUAUAUGCCAAGUGGGAUGGCUAGAAACAGAGCCUCUUGAUGCCAGAAAACUUUCUUCCGGCGCCAUCUGCUCGCUAGCUGCUUGCUCCGAAAUGGACGAAAACCCUAUACCUCUUCAUCUUCUCACUGGCUUCAUAACACGACAUGGUAAUCUUUCAUUCCUGUCGUACUCCUUCGGCGUGUUUCUUUCUACUGGAUGGCCAGGCGACAUCUUCAAUGCAGAAACCUUGGAACCAUCGCAUUUGGGGUCCACGCAAUGAUGUCAGGGAAAAUGCCAAAGGACCCUUCUCGCUGAAACCAGAAGGGUUGAUGACAUCGAUUUGGCGGUCUCGGGAUUAGGGCAUAGAAGCCAUUAGCGACUUGGCUGGGGUUGAUCGACCUCUGUGUGGUCUCCGGCGAUGUUCGGAUUCAUGAGGCUCGAAAAAAAAGCGGUGCUCACCAGGGAAAGAACCAUGAGGUUAUAUGACUAUGAGAAGAAGAGCUCAGCUAAACCUAUCUACCAGUCUAUAAACCCUGGAGAGGCUUUACCAACCAAAGCCAUUCCUGAGGUUUUCCUUGAUGACGACGACCCAUGGAAGAAACGGAUAUUUGAUCCUGGAAGUGAUGUCAUGAUAAAAUGGAACCAUGUUUUCCUCACCACAGGCUUGAUCGCUCUAUUUAUAGAUCCCUUAUAUUUCUACUUGUCAUCGAUUGAGAAUGGGGAUCAAAUCUCAUGCGUGAAAAAGAUGGACUGGGGUUUGAGACUAGCCGUUACUAUUUGCCGGUCAAUUGCUGACACAUUUUAUCUAUUACAUAUUUUUUUCAAGUUUCGAACAGCAUUUAUAGCACCAAAUUCAAGGGUUUUUGGAAGGGGAGAACUUGUCAUGGACCCUAAACAGAUAGCAAAAAGGUAUUUGAAGACAGAGUUCUUUAUUGACCUUGCAGCGGCACUACCUUUGCCACAGAUAGUUGUGUGGUUAGUGAUUCCAGGUGCUAGGCACUUGAAUCCUCAGAAGAACAAUACUACACUGGCUCUUAUUGUUCUGAUCCAGUACAUUCCAAGGUUAUACCUCAUAUUUCCUAUGAGCCAACAAAUUAUAAAAGCCACCGGGGUUGUUACAAAGACCGCUUGGGCGGGUGCUGCAUAUAAUCUUCUCCUUUACAUGAUUGCUAGCAAUGUUAUUGGGGCUGCAUAUUAUCUGCUAACUAUUGACCGGCAAACAACUUGUUGGAAUUCCAAAUGCAGGCUAGAGAAUGGCACCUCAGGUGCGCCAUGCAAAAUGGAGUAUCUGGACUGUGACUUUAUAAGUGCUGUCGAUCCAACUUGGGUCAGCAACACCAGUGUUUUUGCAAAUUGCAACGCUAGUGAUGAUUCUAUAAGUUUCAACUUUGGCAUAUAUCAAAAUGCACUGACAACGGGUGCUGUGUCGACCAAUUUUUUUAGGAAGUACUUCUAUAGCCUCUGGUGGGGUUUGCAGAAUCUAAGCACAUUUGGCCAGGGCUUAACUUCAAGCACUUUUGUCUGGGAGACAUCAUUUUGUAUACUCAUAGCGCUUCUUGGACUCAUUUUGUUUGCACAUUUGAUUGGCAACAUGGAGACCUAUUUGCAAUCUGUUACCAUAAAGCUCGAGGAAUGGAGAUUAAAGCGACGGGACACUGAACAAUGGAUGAGGCAUCGCCAGCUACCUCAGGAAUUGCGGGAGCGGGUUAAACGUUUUGUACAGUAUAAGUGGUUUGCAACACGAGGUGUGGAUGAAGAAUCUCUAUUACAAGAUCUACCUGGAGAUCUUCGACGAGACAUUCAACGUCAUUUAUGCUUGGAUCUUGUCCGCAGGGUUCCUUUCUUCUCCCAGAUGGAUGAUCCACUUCUCGAUGCCAUAUGUGAGCGUUUAGUUUCAUCCCUAAACACUGAGGGUACUUAUAUUGUUCGUGAAGGUGACCCUGUAACUGAGAUGUUAUUUGUGAUGCGUGGAAAGCUGGAGAGCUCAACCACCAAUGGCGGUCGAACAGGUUUCUUCAACUCCAUAGUUCUAAGGGCUGGCGAUUUUUGUGGUGAAGAGCUUCUUUCAUGGGCCAUACUUCCAACAACAAACCUUCCCUCCUCUACUCGAACUGUCCGAGCUCUUGUUGAAGUAGAGGCCUUUGCUUUAAGAGCAGAAGAUCUAAAUUUUGUGGCAAGCCAAUUCAGGAGGCUUCAUAGCAAGAAACUCCAACAUACCUUCAGGUUCUACUCCCAGCAUUGGAGGACUUGGGCUGCUUGCUUCAUUCAAGCAUCGUGGCGCCGAUACAAGAGAAAGAUGUCUAAUAGUCUUAGCUUGAGUGAGUCAUUCUCCUCCAAAGCUGAAAGCCUAGCUACUCACGAAUCUGAGGAAGAGACAGGUCGAAGCCCGUCAAACUCCUCCCACCUUGAGCAAAAUAUUGGAGCAAUGAUGUUACCUUUCAAGUUUUCUACAAGCACCCGGAAAGGAGCUCAAAGAAGAAAGGGCGUUGAUAUAUCCAAAUUGAGGAAACCUGAUGAGCCUGAUUUUUCCGCUCAUGAUUAUGAUUAGUGUGAAUGCUGGAAUAUCAAAAUCUUAUACAACCACCAUUUUGUUGAUACUGAAGGAUGGAAUUGGUGAUCUCCUCAAGGGCCGACUGAGUAAUGAAGUGAGUUCAACUUUUCACUUGUAAUCAUGUCAUUUGUAGCAGUGAGUUUUCCGAACCUUCGAAAGUAUUUAUUAGUAGUUUGAUAUGGCGUAGAUUGUUACAAAUUGGUUUUUCCAUGAGCAUAGUCUUAAACUCUUAGUGAGGAUGUAUAAAGGAAAACACCUCCUUGUGAUCAGACUGAUCACAUAUAAGCGCUGCAUUGGCAGAUUUUUCAGUUUGCUUAAGUACUUGAAAUUCCUCCAGUAAACUGUUGUUCUAUGCAUAACAGUUAUUGUAAUGUUGUGAAAUUAUCGACUUUGGACUCAUUAGAAGUCAUGUUUUAAAGCACAUUAAGAGUUCAUUAAA